CAAAUAUCUUGACAGCCAUGAAAAGUACCGUCUUUACAGUCUACCUUCUGCUUCACGUUGUCAAGAGAACGAUUUCCUGCUCACGUUCCUCAAUUUCUUCUUGUGAAAACUAAUCAGCGGGUACGGCGAUCUAUGGCACCUAUGCGAAGCAGAGGACCGAUUUCUCCCUUAUGCGCAUGCCGAAGUUGGUCGCAUCUGGAAAGGCGAUAAGGCGGUGACUGGGUGAAAUUCGCGAACGAGACAGAGCUCGUCCAUGUCGCCUUUGCAGUCCGGACUCCCACAGUCCGCACCCUGACGCCGAAGACUUUGACCCGAGUACGGACUCCAGCAUUGACGUCCGUGUUGUGAUCGAGGUCAACAAGAUCGACGAAAUCCGAGGCUUAUGUCUUGAGCCGACAUCGAUGCUAGGCAGUAAUUUUAGUUAGAGGAAAAGAAUACGUGAAAGAGAGAUAACUACAUCGCGCUUCCAAUUCUUAUGUUCAUCUCAUGACCUCAAUCUCAAGUCAGCGAUCCUGAUACUCUGAGAAAACCGAAAGUAUACGAACUGGGGAAAUGGACAACUCCACGUGCUGAUUAUGUUACAAGCUGAUUAUGAAGAAGAGGUGAGUUGUACGUUUGCAGAAGUCCCAUCGUCUAGACCUUAAGAAAAACUUGUAACUGAACGUAAAUUUGCGAUUCUAGAAUCAGUUGGAGUGUCGGAGAUCCACUAGGAGUAUCAAAGUCGGUGAGCUAGGAUGAGCUCCGGUGAGCAUACGCGUGGGCCCCGAUCGAAUUCUGUCGAAGGUGAGACCUUCAGUUCUCUACACUCUGUUUCAGAUGCACCACGUGCUUAGAAUGUUCAGAAAUGGCCACUCCAGAAAGCGUCCCUGGGAGUCGAGCUCGACAGAAUGAGACUACGGAGGAAAGAGAGCGUCUCCUGAGAUGUGGGCUAAGUCCACAUUGGACUGCUCAGAUGACGUACCCUCCAUGGGGCUGCCAUGCCUUGACUCCUUGACGGGCACAGGUCGUCGGAGCAAGUUACAUAUCUCGACCCAAGUAUAAAGGGCUUCACAGCCGGUCCUUUCAUCACAGUUCUUCGAAAUCUCUACUGAACAUCAUUGAGGUGGGUUCAGAGAGCAAGAGACUUGAUCUUGUCUUCAGUCACCAAGACGAACUACCAUUUUCCAACCUACAAGCAAGACGUGGUAGACGCUUCCUGCGAGUUCGUGCGAGGAAUCCAAAUACAGUUGGCAAAUUUGCAGAACAACACUUCACUGCUAUAUCUCGAUCGGAGUUCUUUUUACAAAGUGAUGAAGAUGGCACCGAGCGCCGUAAAAUUCCAGGCCUGCACGGGUCUGUUGCUGGUUGCCAUCGCCAUCUCCUUCAAUGGAGGUGUUGUAGAAGCAAGGAGGCAUACCGAAUACAAGCAGCUCGAGUUCUACUUGCACGAGCAAUUUGUGAGUGAGCCGGGAUACCCGGCCACUGAUCUGCUGGCGGCAUCGGCCACGGGCAAUACGUCUACGUACGCAUUCGGAAAUCUCGGAAUAUCAGAGCAGGUUGUCAGGGAAGGGGCUAGCAACACUUCGACCAUCAUCGGCCGAGCCCCAGGAACUUUCCAGCCCAACAAGGAGGAGAGAACCUUCGCUCUGUACAAGCUGAUUACUUUGCAAACACAGGAAUGGAACGGCACCCUCGUCGUCUUCUGCGACUGGCUGGGACUGGCAGAUUCCAACGAAUGGACCGUCGUGGGAGGAACUGGAACAUUCAGAAUGAUGAGAGGAUAUGCCAUCAACACAAAAGCAGCUGGAGCCGCAGGCACCAAUUCCAUCACAUUCAAGUGGGAAGUUUUCCUAUAUUGAGGACUCUGUCCUGAAGAAGAGGACAUGAGCUGUAGAGUGACAUUUAGUAUGCUUCCGGCGGAUGAUUAUGAAUUUGUGAUCUACAUGUAUUGAAAAUUUCUCAUUUGCAAUAUAAAGGUUUCUUAAAAC